CUAGGUACAUAACAGAGCACCUGAUUUCACCGGCAUUAUAGGCACAUCGACUCUUCUAAUUUGUCCCAUCUUUUACCAGACUCACGCAAUGGAUCAAAAACAAACUCCCCAGUGGUUGAAAGAUUACCAGCAACCUGUGCUCAAACGGAAGAAUGUGGACUGCCAUUCUAAUCACCGUCAUAGAACCAACACACCUGCUGCUGGGUUUGUGUUAGUGAGACUGAAUGCAGCCUCCAAAUUGGAUCUGCUGCUUGAUCUACGAUCGCCGCCGGUCCCCCAAGGGAGUACUUAUGGCUUCAUUGGUGGUAAUGCCAGUUCUAUGGGAGAAUGUCCCCUCACCACAGCUCUCCGAGAGGCUAAAGAAGAGUAUGGCAUUGAGCCUAAGGAUUUGAACAUCCUUAAUAUACGAUGGACGCGGGAUCACGGUGGUUAUAAAUAUCUUAACUACACAUAUGUGUUUGCAGAGUACAACCCGAAAGAUGGGCGAGCACCCAGCUCCAAAACUUUUGAAUCCCAAAGAUCUGAGUGGUUUCCUCUAGACGCACUUCCUAGUAAUCUGAUGAGUUUCAUCAAAGAGGACCGCCAGAUGCUCGAGCAUAUCCUUUACAAUGAAAUUUGGCCCAUGUUACUUGAGCGAGCUGCCCGCAUACCGCCGAAGCAAGCGAUAUCGGGGAACGUCAAUAUGAGUUCAAAGAAUAAUUCCAACAUGAAUUCCAACAUGAGUUCUAACAUGAAUUCUAAUAUGAAUUCCUCAGCUGUCAACAUCGACGCGGAGGGCGAUACCAUUAUGAUAGAUUCUCCGCCUCCCGCCCCUCGGACGCCUCCUAAUACGCACACCAUCCCCAAAGUACCAAGCCCUGAAGGCCAAUUCCCAACGAAUAGUGCAACCGCACCCGGCAAUGGCGACGUGAGCUAUCCAAAACUUCCUAGCAUCAAAGUUUCCCCUCCCCCUCCUUCCGAUUCGAGUAGGACUAACGGUGACGAGCACAUCCCCCCAGCGCUCGAUAACCCCGCUGGCGCACCAGCAAAGAUGGGUACGGAGGUAAGUACCAAGGCUACUGAGAGGCCCAUUGCUCAAAAGGCCGCAGAGGCGCAACCUGAAAAGUCAGCCAACAAAGGAACCUUCACUAAGUACGCCUUGAAAAUGCUCAGUCGGUCGAAGGAGGGUAGCAAUGCUCAGAACGCCGCAGAGAAGGAACUUAAGCCCACGGCGAAAGCCGAGCCAGCCGCCAGCCAGAAGAAAGACCAACAAGAAGGGAAAAGCCUAGGCCUGAUCUCCCGAUUCUCCAAUCUGUUCCGUAGCAGUCCUGCCGAAGCCAACGACGAGGCCGCAAAGCCCGCCGAGGCGAAGACGAACGCACCUGGGUCCAACAUGGUUCAACUGCCGAUACUAAUCGACAACGACUGGCCCUCAAGAGAGCCAGUUUACAUGAUGGGGAUUCCGCCCGAUAUGGGCAAUAUCAUCCCCGGCUUCGCGUUCAGGAACCCGCUGGAAACCUAAGCAAUUCGCACUCACAUCGGGACCUAGCCUCGAGUGUCUGUCACACCUCUGUAACUUAAAGUCCUAUCUGUACAUGUUGAUAUAGCAGAGCCCUGGUAUCCGUGACAUGGCCACGGAGAAACCGUCGCGUCGCCAAGUAGAUAAGAGUGUCUGUGCUAGGAUUUGUUCGGGGCACUGUAUCGCGCCCCU